GAGACUCUCACAAACGAAGAGAGAUUUUGAAUUUCAUUGAAAGUCAAGAUCUAAACUUUGCUGAGAAUCGAUAUAAAAUAAAUGUUGAAUUAAGUGUCGUUACUGAUAAAACGGUCAUGACAGGAAAGACUACCGAAAAAUUUGCAAGAGCAGGUAUUAAUCAUUUAAUAAAUUCCUGGAAAAUAAACCAAUCGAUGAUUUUAUUGAGAUCUCUUGAUAUACUCCAGUCUUUGAAUAACGAUCAUGACAUCAGGGGCUCUGAAAAUCAAGAUUCCAUUACAAAAACACAGACUACUGUUAAUAAUGAACAAGAAGAAAACAAACAGGAAGAAAGUAAACAGGAAGAAAAUAAACCGGAAGAAAAUAAACAGGAAGAAAAUGAAAGUAGUACGAUGUGUGUUAAGGAUAUCCUUGAAGACUCGAUUCAAGUUUCAUCCGUCAUAAAGGAAGUUACAAAAAUCUUUUUAAGUAAAUUCCCUAAGACAUCUAUAAUGGAUCUGCGUCCAAACUCAAAAUUUUCAUUAUUUCUGGAUUUGGAACUUCAAAAAACCAUUUUGCGCGAAGUUUUUGAUGAAAUUGACAACUAUAUUACUGAUGAUAUCCACGAAUACCAUACAUCGUUUUUCAAUGAAGAUUUCACUGCGCAGGGCUGGGAUAAUGCCAUCAACAAUAUGGAGUUCAAUAGAUGUGAUUUAGAACACUUGAAGAAUAUUAAAAAAUUAAUACAGGAAACUUUACCUAAAUUUUUAAAAGCGUUUUCAUUGGAGGAUCUUAAUCCGUUGAGGGAUAUUACAAUCCUGGAAAAACCGCAUCUUAACCAGUUUGUACACCCUAUAAUUGACUCGGCAUUGUGGAAUUUUGCCAAGGUUAAUUACAUAUAUGGUGAAAUACCUUUGAAAGGUCUUGGAACUAGAAUACGGGCCGAUGGAGUAGGAUUUCUCAAUGACGUGGUAAAUUACCCUAUAGCAUGUGAAGAAGCAGAUGCACGCCGACAACUUUUUACAGACUUGAGAGUUUAUGGUUUAACUGCUUUUAAAACUGAAUUGUCACUGACAAUGAUGGACUUUAGAAGUGUACAUAGGUUAUUCGAGGUUGAUCAUUUCGGCCUACCAAAAAACUGGGUUGAUAUGCCAAACUUUGUGUGGUUAUACGAGGCAGUAGUCAAAUGGGCUUUAUGUGUUAAUUCAACACGAAAGGGAUUGAUCGAACAUAGAAAGAAAAGAAGGAAGUUAAUUGCUUUCCGAUCUGAGACACUUUCUGCAAAUAAUCUAACUGUGAUAUCAAUUACCGAAAAUUACUCGAGAAGAAGACAAUUUGAGGAAGAUGUUGUAUGUAUUUCUAAAGUGGUGUUGUUGCCUUCUUAUGUUGGCUAUCUAUUCUCUAAUGAUACCAUAGAUGAAGAUGAUAAAAAAGAUCUCAACACAACCAGCUUUCCAAAACAAAAGCAUCAUGACAGAUAA